AUGUGGAAUAUCGUAGGUGCCAACAAGCGCUGCACAGAUCGAGAAAUCUUAAGAGAGCAUAUGCUGCAUCAAAUAAAAAUAAGAAACAUGAGACCUCGCAUAGACAAUCUUCCUCCAAAAGCAAUGCCUCAUCUUCAAAGCCGAGCUAAGCAAGAACGGAUAAAAAAUGACAGAGGAGCAGUGAUUGACCAACAGAAUAAGCUUCUUCUUCAAAAAAUGCUAGAAAUUGAUAUGAAGCCUUCAACUUUAACUCCUCAUUCUCUUUUGUCUAAAACCGCCCCUCAAAAUCUAUCAUUGAAUAAGAAUUCAAGAGUUAUAGAGCUGACUAAAAUAACAGAUGAAAACAAAAAAAAUACUUACUCCCCUCCGUGAGUAUACAAAAACAUUAGAAAAAUCCCUAUUUUUUGCCCAAAAACCCACCGUGAGUGAACAAAAAUUUUUUAUGAAAAAAAAAUUAAUAUAUAAGUGGUAAUUAGUAUAAUGAAAUCUCGAGCUAAUUCUGUUUAAUUUUAAACAAAUUGUGUUUUUUAAAACAUAAAUUUGAUAAAUUAAAUUAAUAUUCGCUUUCCAAUUUUGCAAAUUAAGAUUUUUUUAAAAAAAAACAAUUAACCCUCCUCCUUUGUGAACAAAAUUUUUUUUGUUCACCUACUGAGGGGGGUACUUAGAAGAUUGCAAAGUGCGAAAUCUGUGUACUCAACAAAGAAAUGAAAAAGAGAUUUUAAUUACAACCAAUAUUUGUCAUUAAAGCUUUCAGAAAAUGCUGGAAGGAUUCCAAAGUCAACAAGCUUUGAUCUUUUUAGCACAAAUUCACCUGCUACAGAAUAUAAUAGACCUACAACUGCAGGGACUUUUCAAAAGUUUGAUUUUAAUAAAGCAAGACCUUUUACAUCUGAAGGGAAAUCAAGAAGCAUAAAGCAAGGAUUAUAA